AUGUUGCAAGAAUCAGUAAAUGUUAGACAAAGCCUGCAUCACAGGGUGCUGAUUGCUGCAUUGAUUGUACUUGCCCAAGACCUGAGCAGUGGAGGAGGAGCUCAGGCAUGGACGUACAGCUACAGCACCAGUCCAAACCGUAGAUGGCUCGAGGCCCGCGAGUGGUGUCAGCAGCACGCAACAGACAUGGUGGUCAUCCAGAACCAGGAUGAGACUGACUUUCUCAUCAAACUACUGCCAAAUCACUCCAAAUAUUAUUGGAUAGGCAUCCUCAAAGUAAAAGGAAUGUGGACCCAGGUAGGAACCCAAGAGGUCGUGCUCGAAGAGAAUCAGAAUUGGGCACCAAAAGAGCCAGACAACAUACCAGGCCAAGAUUGUGUGGAGAUGUAUAUUAGGGCCACCGACACGGGCAAGUGGAACAAUGAGAAAUGCCGUAAUAAAAAGGGAACUGUCUGCUAUACUGUCUCUUGCAAGCACGAUUCCUGCAGUGCCCAUGCAGACUGUGUAGAGACCGUAGGGAACUACACGUGCCAAUGCCAUCCUGGUUUCCAGGGACCACGCUGUGAAGAAGCAAUCACAUGCGAACCCUUGCUGAAUCUAGAACAAGGUUCUCACAACUGUUUGCAUCCCUUUGGGUCCAAUCGUUUCAAUUCUUCCUGCCAUUUCCACUGUGAGCUCGGUUUUCGGUUGGUAGGCGCGGCCCAGCUGCUAUGCCAAGCCAGGGGACACUGGGACUACCCUGUUCCUCUGUGUCAAGCUGAACAGUGUCCAGUUUUGAACCACACCGAGAUCAGUGGAGGUAAUAUGAACUGCAGCCACCCCAUUGCACCUUAUAGCUACAACUCCACCUGUGAGGUCAGGUGUGAAGAAGGCUAUUGGCUCAGUGGACAGGACCAUAUACGAUGUGACCAUACAGGCCAGUGGACAGCCAGUGUCCCAACAUGUGAAGUGCAAAAGUGCUCCUCCAUUUUCUUUCCAACGGGCAACAUGACAUGUGUGGACACUGUGGAGCCUUUCUCCUUUGGCUCAGAGUGUAACUUCUCCUGCCAGGAAGGUUUCUACCUGAUUGGGGAGAACACAAUCACUUGUUUGGCUUCUGGAAAUUGGAGCAAACCUACACCUGCAUGCGCAGUGGUACAGUGCAACAGUCUGAAAGUUCCACCUCAUGGUUCAAUGCAAUGCCAAGAUCCUCUAAGUGCAUAUAGCUAUGGCUCAGUAUGCACAGUCAAGUGUGAAGAGGGGUUUGAUCUGAUUGGCACAAACAUGACAAAAUGUUUGUCAGGGGGCAACUGGAGUCAUGCACUUCCUCUUUGCCAGGCUAAGAGGUGCCAUCCAAUAAAUUCUCCCCCUCAUGGUUCCCUAUCUUGCAAUGACACGAAUGGCUCCUUCAGUUUUGGUUCUAAGUGUGUCACAACAUGUGAGGAGGGUUUCCUAAUGAAUGGAACAGCUGAAACUGAGUGCAACUCCCUGGGCAUGUGGAGUGCUGACAUCCCUCAUUGCCUGGCUAGGAGAUGUCCCACUCUGAACUUUCCCCCUCAUGGCUCCUUUGUCUGCGCUGAUCCUCAUGGAGAGUUCAGUUUUGGUUCUCAUUGCACAUCAGCUUGUGAGGAGGGUUUUGUCCUGAAUGGUACAGCUGACACAGAAUGCACCUAUGUGGGCACAUGGAGCACAGACAUCCCAUGUUGCUUGGCUAAGAGAUGUCCCACUCUGAACUCUCCCCCUCACGGCUCCUUAGCCUGCUCUGGCCCACAUGGAGCGUUCAGUUUUGGCUCUCACUGCAUGUCCACCUGUGAGGAGGGCUUUGUCCUGAAUGGGACAGCCGACACAGAGUGCAAUUCUCAGGGCUCAUGGAGCACCGAUAUCCCACGUUGCUUUGCACGCCCAUGCCCCCUACUGGCCAAUGCUCCGCAACAUAGGAGCAUGAACUGCAGCCAUUCAUAUUCCCCUUUCAGUCAUGGCUCCCACUGUGACUUUGAAUGCAAUGAGGGCUUCUGGAUGAGAGGAACAUCAGCUACAACAUGCAACACCUCAGGCCACUGGAGUCCAGAUGUGCCCACCUGCCAGCCUGUACAGUGUGAAGCCAUCCAUCCCCUGUCUUUACGUUUGUCUAUGGACUGCUCCCAUCCCCUGGGGAAUUUCAGAUUUGACUCCCAAUGUCUUUUCACCUGUAAAGAGGGGUACUUUUUGAAUGGCACAGAGGUGCUGAUUUGCUCCUCUACUGGGUUGUGGAGUGACACACUUCCUACCUGCAUAGUGGAGGGAUUGCCAGUGGGGUCUGCCUUGUUGCUGUACACUGGCGUAGGAGCAGCCACUGCUAUCGUGCCUCUUGUCCUGAUAGGACUGGCUUUGUGGCUGAUGAGACUAUUCAAAAAAAAAGAAAAUCCAAUCAUCUCUGAUGAACAUGGGGCAUGGGAGGAGCAAGAGAAUCCAGCAUUUGAGUUAUAACAGUUUUGUUUGUUUGUUUUGUGUUUUCAAUUCUGCAGCAAAUAAUCUCAAAUACAUUUGAGCUUGCUUUUAUGAUACGUAGCUUGCUAGUAAUGCUAUGAUACUGGUAACGAAAGAUCCCUGUUGGAUUGAAUUCAUUUCAAAUUAGUAGAUCCUUAAUAUAUAAGAUGAAUACCUUUAAAAUGAAUACCUGUUAUUAAUGCUUAAUGCACACUCAGCAUAGCUUUUGUAUU